UUGGGUAUGUAACUUGGAAAGGAAACAUGUGUAUGCUGGCUUAAGAAGAGCAUUUGCAUAAUUUAGGGCAUGCCCUUUAAUGUGUUUUGAGGGUUUGUUUGUUUGUUUGUUUUUGUUUUUGUUUUUGGUUGUUGUUGUUUUGGUUUUGGAAUAGUGUUUUGAUGUGAUAUAAAAGUAAAAAUAUUUUUUGAGAAGUGUUUUCGGGUGUGGUUCACAAUUGAAAAAAUGUUUUCUAUAGGGUACACCGUCUUAUUUUGAAAAGCCCAAACAGAUGUAAAGCUCUAAUUGUAAAAUCCUAAAAAAAAAAUUUAAAAAUAAAAAAAAGGUAGGUGUUGUUGUGCUACCACUUGAACCACAUUGAGGUUGUCGCGUAGCCAUCCCAACCACCACAGGGGCGACCACCUCGAGAAGUAUAGGGGUGACUAUGCGGCCAAUCCUGACUAGAUUGGGGUGGCCGCGUGGCCACCCCAACAAGAACAGGGGUUGCCGUGCGGUCACCCCUGACCAAAUUUGGGUGGCGUACGGCUGCUCCAACCACCAUCGGGGUGGCCGCAUGGACACCCCAACGAGAUCAAUUAGUUCUUACCUCUGGAAAAGUUAAACAUCUGUUUUGUCAAAAUAUUCCUACAACAAGAGAAUUAGAUAGAUUUAUAAGAAGUGUUUUGCAUUUUGAGAUGUUUGCUAAUGUAUUUGUCUUGAGAACAAAAGAAACAGAAAACAAAUAUUUUAACGAACCUUGCCUUAGUUAUCUGAUAAGAAAAACGAUUUGGAAAAUUGUUUAUUGCUUGCGAUAUUAACCUUGAGCAUAGAUUGCAAGUACCAGUGGGAAUAAAGAAUUUCACUUGUUUAUUCACUUGGAAAGAUCACUAUUUAUGAGAUCUUAGGAAUUCUACAUAUUGUUCUUUUUGUACUUUUUGGGCCCCUUUGUUGGCUUCCACCAAAUUUAGGCAAGUUUUGGAAAUGUUGUGUGUGUAAUAUGCAAAGAAAACGUGUAUGUAUUGGCUUAAGAUGGAAUACUGAAAUUGAACUAUUAUAUAUAUGGGAAAAAUACAAUUUAACCCCUUAAACUACCACCCUUUCUCCGGAUGGCUCUCCAAACUACCAAGGUUUACACUCCGACCCCACAAAUUACUAAAUCCUUGUUUUUGGCCACUUCAUCAGUGUCUACUGUCUAAAUGGAUGGAAAGUGAGUCACGUGCCAUGCACGUGACUUAAGAGUACACAAACUCCCGAAAAUACCCUUCUCUUUAAACGUUGAAUUACUAGAUUACCCAAACAACUCAAAAAAUGCACAAACUCCCUGGUGCCACGCUCUCCGCUGCUCAGAUCGCGGCCCAAAUGCCCGCCAAGAACCCCGACGCACCCGCCAUGCUGGAACGCAUCUGCGACCUUGAAAUACAAUGAAAUAUCCCACUUCAGCCACUCGCAACACAUGCUGAGAUUUGAGUGCACAGAAUUUCCGUUCAAAUGCGAUGGGUACAAGGAGGUAGGCAUAGAGUCGCGCUACAAAUGCGGCAUAUGGGACUUCGACCUCCACAUGCACUGCGCAAUCCCUACCCCCUCCAUCACCCAUCCUUUCUACACCAAAUGCUCCUUCCAGUUCCUCUCCCGCCUGCCCGGCAAUGUUGCGCGCUUUUGCAACGCCUGCGAAAAGGACAUCACAGGGUUUGUCUACCACUGCAAGAUGUGCGGCUUCGAUCUCCACCCAUGUUGCACCAAGCUCCCCAUGGUGCUCGAGGAUGGGGAAGUCAAGCUGUAUCUUUAUCAGAAAGUGAGCUUAGCCUGCCACAAGUGCGGGCGGAAGGGUCGGAGCUGGAGCUAUACGUCUACGUGCAAGAAGUACAAUUUGCAUGUGGCGUGCGUCAGGGAGAUGCUCAUGGAAAGCUGGCCGGAUAUCUACGUCGGACGUGGAAAAGCUAGGAGCUCGGAGACCAGAAUUCCUAGCCUCAAAAAUAUGCUUCAGAACCACCACCAUAAGAGCAAGGGGAAGGUGAUAAAGUGUUGUGAGAUGGCUGGAUUAGCUGUGCAGUUUGUUAUAUCGGCGGUGCUCGGAGAUCUGACUACUCUGAUUGCCGGAGUUAUAGGGUCUUUUAUGUCACGGUGAUGAUGCAUGUGUGGUUGAAUCAGAAUGGGAUUUUGUAGUUAUAUAUGGUGUGUUCGGUGCAUGUGCUUGUAGGUGUGAUAUAUAUUAAUGUUGAAUCUGGGUAAGCUAUAUAGUGGAUCGAUGAUGGUCCAUAUAUGUAAAUAAAUUAUGAUCGAUGAUGGUGCCUGCCAAACGCCUUGCCGAUGAUGUAAAUAAAUUAUGUCAAUUACCACCAGAGUUGAUCCGGUCUCCAUUGGUGACCUAUAUGGCCAUCUGCUAUCUCAUGAGUCAUGAGCUACGUCUGGGGUAGCACCAAUCGUUAGUCGACUUAUCCAUCUCUACUGCCAAUGUUGCACAGAGACAUCAUCCUAUGUCUAAUAGAUCUUCUCGUGGCCAAAUAGAGGCUUCUAGGCAAUUAGCCCGGCUUUAGUGACCCCACCAUAGCUUAUUGCGCUGAUCAUGAGCUCUAAUUUCCAACCCUUCGAUCAUCAUCAUCUUCAAACAGAUCCUACCAUCCCACCCAUUAGGCAUGGCUCCUAUGGAUGUACUAGUGGUAGACGUUUUAGGCUGUAGGCUUCCACUAUUUGCUCUUGUGCUCCCUUCAUACCUGAUCUUCCAUUUUCCCUUUCAUGAAACCGUUCCCGAGGUCGAGAAAUCGCUUGGAAUGGUCCAUUUGUCAACACGGAUUCACAGGGCGAGGGGGCAUGGCUGGCUGAUAUGUAUUUCCAAUCUACUGCUCAUUGAUGCUCAUCUGCAGCUUUAAACUACGUACACUCUGCUUCUCCUCAUCAAAAAGAAGUAAAACAAAAUGAAUAUCAUGAGAUGGGUCCAUUGGUUUAAUUCUUUCCAACUUCUUGUCGUUUUCCCAUAUUUUCCUGGUUCACGACGCCAUGUAUGCUAAAGAUGGCAGCUGAGGCUAAAACAAAAGCUAGGAUCAGGAGCUUUAAUCUCAUUACAUCAUCCUCUUCAGAUAGAAACUCAACACGUGCCCCCGAACCCUCACGCCCCACGCCCACGCCCACGCCCACGCCCACGCCUACGCCCACGCCCACGCCCACGCCCACGCCCAUGCGUGCUAGUGUGCUUGUCCUACUCAUCUCAUGAAGUACACUUUUGUGGCAAGUGUUGAGGACUGCAUGCAACACCAGGGAAAAGACUAGGUUCUGUGCCACAUCCGGAAUUUCAAUCAACUGGCGUGGCAAUGCAAAAGAGCAACGUGUACGCAUUUGGGGUGGUAAUCUUGGAGCUGUUGUUGGGAGAGGAGCCUUUCAAGUAUAAAUACGAGAAGGCCAAGGGGGAGUUUGUUUGGAUCACAGUGAUUGAGGCAGCGAGAGUAGCAAUUGAAGGAGACGAGCUCAUAAGGUGGGAGGAUUGGAAGUUGAAGUACUCGUUUCCAGUGGAGGUGGCGGGGAAGCUGACACGCCUAGCGCUGGAUUGCGUACACGUGGAGGCUGAUAUGCGGCCCAACAUCGGACGCGUGGCGGGGAAGAUUUCUAAGCAGUAUUUGGAAACGCCGGGGGCUGCCAGAAGGAGACGUCGAGCUUCUGCCGUGACCGGAGUUGCUGGGGUGUUUGGAGAUCUGUAUGACCUGUGAUGGAGUCUUGGAGAUUGAAAAAAAAAAAAAAACAAAAGUUUCAGCUUUAAACUCAAAACAGCGGACGGAAUUUCAAAGUGAAAGGAGAGGGGCAUUUUUGGGUUAUUUGGGCUUAAAGAGUCACGUGCACGGCAGACACUAUCGGAGUGGCCAAAAAACAAGGAUUCGGUAGUUUGUGGGGUGGUUUGGAUACCAAAUGUAAAUUCUUUCUUGUUAAUUGGUAGAAGUUUUGUAUUCGUCUUCAUCUUGGAGGGUUGGGGUUUAGGAGUUUGCUUACUUUCAAUCAGCUGCAUUCUUAGCUCCUUUGGUGCCUAGCUUUCAUGAUUUGUUUCUCUUGUAUGCUUUUUGUGUGUGUACCUGGUUAUUUAGUGCCUUUCGCUUUUAAUGAUGAUCAAUUACUUAUCAAAAAAAUAUUUAGCUGAUAAUACUUGCCUUUUUCCCUUCCAUUUCUGAAUCCUGAAUUCAUCUAGAAUCAAAUUGUAUUUGUUUGAGUUUCUAUGCUUUACCAUGGCCUUCUUCUAUUCUUGUGUGAAUGUAACUUCAAAAUCUUGUACGUUUGGGAACAAGAACAAAAUAAGAUUUUAUCUCACUUUUUCAAAAACAAAUCAGAUUUUAUCUCACUUUUUCUAAUUUUAUCUUAGAAAGUCAAACUACCCAAACAUUUUUUUCAACUUUAUUUGCCUCUAAAUUCGCGCACUAAGUUAUAGUUGAAUUCAGAUUUCAAAAAAUCGAAC